AUGUUGGGUCACCGACUAGAAGUUUCUGAUAUAAUAUUAAUAAUUUUUAACCUUAGGCAAUCACCGCUAAUAGUAAUGCUUACUGUGUUGCCUAUAUCACGUCAAAACAAAAUAACCUUUAUGUUGAUGUUUUCAAGAAGUAGAGUUUUUUCGAGAAGCAUUUGUAACCUCCAAACCAAGAUGGUAAAAUACCUCGGACAGCAAGAGGCUAUUGACAUUGAUGUUGAACUCUUCAACGAAUACAAAUACUCAGUGGACCAGUUAAUGGAGCUGGCUGGUUUAAGUUGCGCUACUGCAAUCGCCAAAGAAUACUCGCCAGAAAAACUCAACAAUAGAUUAAUAUUAAUUUGCUGCGGCCCCGGUAAUAACGGGGGAGAUGGUUUAGUGUGUGCCCGUCAUUUAAAAUUAUUCAAUUAUAGCCCGGUUGUGUAUUAUCCAAAAAGAACUGAUAAACCUUUGUACAUUAACUUGACGUUUCAAUGCGAGUCGAUGAAUAUCCCACUGCUUAGUUGCUUACCCGAUGGUUGUAAAAUUGAAAAUGAAUAUGGACUUAUCGUUGAUGCCUUAUUUGGGUUCAGUUUUAAGCCUCCAGUUAGGCUAGAUUUUGUCCCCAUUAUUGAUUUGCUUUUAUCCACCAAAGUGCCAAUUGCCAGCAUUGACAUUCCAAGUGGAUGGAACAUAGAACAAGGUGAACCUGAAGGAGGUGGAAUUAAACCGGAAAUGUUAAUUUCACUUACAGCCCCAAAAUUGUGUGCACAAAAAUUCAAGGGAAAAUUUCAUUACCUGGGAGGAAGAUUUGUUCCUCCAAAAUUACAGGAGAAAUAUAACUUAAAUUUACCUGAAUAUCCAGGAACAGAAUGUUGUGUAUUGUUAAAGUAA